GGCCGGAACCGAGGAGGUUCGAUCUGGCCCGCAGAAUAAUUUGAAAGUGGAAAAAAAGCGUAAAAGACAUGGAUUUAAUUUUUUUAAAUUAAAUUUAAUUCAAGAAUUAUCCGCUAGGGCGCACUGUUUUGCGCCCUUGACGUAAUUUCUACCCUGUUCUCUACCUGCCUGCUACACCCUCAUUAGCAGAAAUGGCGUUAUCAAAAAAGCGAAAAGUAGAUAAAGAGUGUAGAAUUUUCCAAGAAAAAUGGACCACGUCCUAUUUAUUUACGGAAACGCACGGUAAACCUCUGUGCUUGGUGUGUUUGCAACAAGUUUCGGCAUGUAAGGAAUAUAAUAUUCGGCGCCACUACGAGACUCGCCACAGCGCAAAUUAUGACAACUUACAAGGACAACUGAGAAAAGAUAAGGUCAAAGAAUUGCUGGCGGGUCUGAAGAAACAGCAGUCAACUUUCACCCGGAGCCGAGAAGUCAGUGAAGCUGCAGUAAAAGCCAGCUACCUAAUUGCUAGUGAAAUAGCAUCAGCAUCAAAGCCGUAUUCCGACGGUGACUUUGUUAAAAGAUGCAUGAUGAAGGCGGCUGAACUCGUAUGCCCCGAGAAGCGACAAGCUUUUGCCAAUAUUAGCCUGACGAGGAACAUUAUAGCGGAGAGGAUUUCGGAACUAUCGGCAGAUUUAGACACCCAAUUGAAACAGAGAGUCAUGUCAUUUAUUGCACUUUCCGUUGCAAUUGAUGAGAGCACCGACAUCACGGACGUGGCUCAACUGGCCAUAUUUAUUCGUGGAGUUGAUGAGACAUUGACUGUUACCGAAGAGUUUGUUGAGUUGGUGCCUAUGAUGGACACCACAACAGCCGAGGACAUUUUCGGGUCUGUCGUUGCUGCACUGGACAGAGUUGGAGUGGACUGGUCCCGUGCUGUCAGCAUGGCUACAGACGGCGCACCAUCCAUGAUCGGAAAGAAAGCAGGUGUCGUGACAAAGUUCAGAGAGAAAGUACAAGCCCUUAAUGGAGGAGAUCGUUUCUUGACAUUUCACUGUAUUUUGCACCAGGAGGCAUUGUGUUGUAAGUCCUUGAAAAUGGACCACGUCAUGGAGGUGGUUGUUCGCACUGUAAAUUUCAUCCGAGCCAGAGGUCUUAACCAUCGUCAGUUUGACACCCUUCUCAGCGACAGCAACAUUACACACAGCCUGCCAUACCACACUGAAGUGAGAUGGUUAAGCCGAGGCGCUGUGCUGAGGUAUUUCUUUGAUCUACGAGAGGAAAUCAGACAGUUCACGGAGAAAAAAGGAAAACCGUUGUCGGAAUUACAAUCCCAGGAAUGGCUACAGGACCUCGCAUUUUUGGUUGAUAUUACUGAACACUUGAACAGUCUGAACAAAAUGUUGCAAGGGCGCAAAAAAGUUGUCACACAGUUUUUUGACAAAAUACAGGCAUUUAAGUUGAAACUGACUUUGUGGGAGACGCAACUGGCAAGUGGAGACCCUGCUCAUUUCCCCUGUCUGAGAGAUGUGCGUGUGACCAGACCUGAUGCGGACGUGAAACGGUACAAAGACAAGAUUGCAGGAUUACUGUGGGAGUUUGAGAAACGAUUUCAGGUAUUUGGUGAACUUGAGACAGAAUUUUCAGUUUUUCGCUCACCGUUCACAGUUAAAGCUUCUGAUCUGCCAGUCGACAUCCAGCUAGAAAUAAUUGAUUUGCAAUGUGACGCAGAUUUGAAGGGCAAAUUUGCCUCCGUAGGUCUGGACACAUUUUAUCAGUAUCUAUUACCAGGGUACCCCAAAUUAACAGCCAUGGCUGCUAAAAUUUUGUGCAUGUUUGGGACAACCUACCUUUGUGAACAAAUUUUCUCAGUAAUGAAUAUCAAUAAAACAAAAAUGCGUUCAAGGCUCACACACAAGCACUUAAAUGACAUUCUGAAAGUGACAGCUACUCAGGACAUGACACCUGAUGUUGAUGCACUUGUACAGGCCAAAAGAUGCCAAAUUUCAGGAACAAAAACAAGUCCAGAGUAGACUAACGUCUUUAAAAUGCUGCCUUGC